GUGGAAAAUGAUUUCUUUUUAACCUUGAUGUGCAUUGAACAAAAUUAAAUAGGCAGGUGGAUGACACUAUUUCAGGAAAUCAUAACAAUUAAAUGAGACUUGAUAUUGAAUUUUCCGGUGGGGCUGAACUUUUGUUCAACAAGCAAAAAGAAUAUCAAGUUGACCUACCACCAACAGUGGUUCGACUAGGUGAUUUGCUUGUUUGGUUGGAGAAAAAUCUUUUACAAGAACGUCCUGAACUCUUCUUACAAGGGAAAAGCGUUCGACCUGGAAUUCUCAUUUUAAUCAAUGAUGUAGAUUACAGUUUAUUGGGUGAGAAUGACUAUAUUUUGAAGGAAAUGGAUAAAGUUAUAUUUAUAUCUUCAUUGCACGGUGGUUGAGUUUAUACACAAGGACAUUCUUUACAUGUUUGUAAUAUUUAUUUGUUAUUUGUAAAGAUGGUCAGCAUUAUGAUAAAUUCCUUUGAUGAAAAUCA